AUGUUAGCCACCCUAAACCGAUUCAUCUCCAAAUUUGCUAAUCGCUGCAGACCGUUUUAUCAACUUCUGAAGAAGUGGAAGGGGUUUCAGUGGGACGAGGAAUGUGACAAGACUUUUCGAGAUCUGAAGGAAUACUUGGCAAAAGCGCCCAUGUUAACGGCCCCGGAGUCCGGGGAAGAUUUGUUUAUGUACCUCUCGGUGUCCGAUCACACCGUGAGUGCUGUGUUACUAAGAGACCAAGGAGUGCAGCAGCCAGUGUAUUACAUAAGCAAAACCUUAGUAGAUGUCGAGACGAGAUACUUACCCCUGGAGAAGUUAGUGUCGGCACUGGUGCACGCCACGAGGAAGUUGCCGCAUUACUUUCAGGCUCAUACGGUGUUCGUCCUCAUCGAGUAUCCCCUGCAGUCAUUGUUAAAAAGAUCGGACUUCACGGGCCGAAUAGCCAAGUGGGGAACUCGGUUGGGUUCGUUCGACAUAAGGUACCGGUCGCGAAGCUCGGUGAAGGGACAGAUUCUUGCUGAUUUCAUUGCAGAAUUUACCCCUAAGAACGACGGGAAGAUAAUCUGUAAUGCAGAAAGUCGUCCGUGGAAGGUGUUUGUAGAUGGCACUUCGAAUGCUAUGGGGGCCGAAACUGGUAUUGUCAUAAUCACCCCGGAGGGCAUACGACUAGAACACUCCUUCAGAUUAGGAUUCAAAGCCUCAAACAACGAAGCCGAAUACGAGGCCUUUCUAGCCGGAUUAAGGGCCGUAUUGCAUCUAGGCGCGAAAGAUGUGAAGAUUUAUUCGGACUCUCGGCUGGUCGUUUAUCAAAUCAUAGGAAGCUUUGAAGCUCGGGACUCUCGGAUGAAACCCUAUCUGAGUACAACUAAGCAAAUCAUUAGCCAGUUCGGGACAGUGAAGGUGGCCCAGGUAGGUCGGGCACAAAACAGGCAUGCCGACUCACUGGCCACAUUGGCCUCAUCCGCUACCGAGGAUACUCCUCGACUCGUCAAAAUAGAGCUUAUAAGGGAGCCAAGUAUUGAUGUGAAAAAUGAUUAUGACCCGACCAAGGUUGAGGUGGCCAUGGUGUCAAUGGCUAAUCCGUGUUGGAUGAACCCCAUCAUAGAUUUCUUAGCCGAGGAUAAAGUUCCGAACGAUGAAAAGGAGGCUAAAAAGAUUCGUCGGGUGGCUCCUCGGUACUGGCUGUCGGCAAAUCACAAAUUGUACCAGAGGUCUUUCACAGGCCCUUACCUUUUAUGCCUACAUCCCGAGAAAGUAAACGAACUUCUGACCGAGUUGCAUGACGGAGUGUGA